GCAGUGGUUCAGAAUUCGAUUUCAUUUCUGACGGAACAUUUCUGUCUUCAUUCAGCAUGAUACAUUUUGUGGUGUUGGUAGUGACCGUAGGGUACGCCUCGGCUUUAGUAUGUACCCCAGAGUUAUGUAAGGGUAUAGAUAGGGACACACCCCUCCAUUGUGCCGGAUCCGUCAUAAAAAAUGGCGGAUUCUGUGGCUGUUCUGACACCUGUGCAAAGGUGGAGGGCGAGGCGUGCCAGGCAACUAACAUGUUCGGAAUGAUCCCUGCCGGACGCUGUGACGACGGACUUGAAUGCGUCCAUCUAGCCGCGGAACACUCCCGGCUGGGUUUAGGACAAUGCCAGAAGAAGCAAGUUUCCUCACGAUCAUUGGAUGUUCAUGCACAGACUCGUUGUGAGCAGAUGCGAGCAGUCCAGCAGAUUUCCUUCGUAAUCUAUCAGGGACAGUGGAUGGCUAAGUGUGACGCAAUGGGAAACUUCGAGCCACAACAGUGCGACAAUCAAAAUAAAUGUUUCUGUGUUGACAUAAAAACUGGUGUGCUGUUGACGGAGAGACAACUGGGACAGGUGUUCUGCUCGGGAUCGACUUCGGUUGACACCUGGUCGUCGGUUUCCUCACGAUCAUUGGAUGUUCAUGCACAGACUCGUUGUGAGCAGAUGCGAGCAGUCCAGCAGAUUUCCUUCGUAAUCUAUCAGGGACAGUGGAUGGCUAAGUGUGACGCAAUGGGAAACUUCGAGCCACAACAGUGCGACAAUCAAAAUAAAUGUUUCUGUGUUGACAUCAAAACUGGUCUGCUGUUGACGGAGAGACAACUGGGACAGGUGUUCUGCUCGCGAUCGACUUUGGUUGACACCUCGUCGUCGGAUCUGAUGUUGUCACGGGAUGUGGAAAGGCAUGCCACCACAGUGUGUCAGCAGACCAGAGCGAGAGAAAUGACGUCCAUGAUCAUAUACGACGGCCAAUGGUUCCCGAACUGUGACCUUGCCGGCAACUUUUACGCCCGCCAGUGUGACAAUCAACAUAAAUGUUUCUGUGUGGACCAGACGAGUGGUAAGCUGUUGACGGAGAGACAACUCGGCUACAUCGACUGCUCCACUGUCUCCGGAGCGUAAUUUAACAAUAUUACAUCCACUGCGCAUGACCGCCCGAUCUGACGUCUGAAUACAGGCGUUAACCGGAAGACCCGGAUGUUUGCUUUCCCGUUAUAAUAAUGUUGGUUGGAGAAUAAAAAAGAUAUUAAUUUUA